UUGCACUUGUCCGGGGCUUAGACAUUUAAGCAAGUCUUAGAUGGCAGCCUAGGGCGCGGCAUCUUCUUGAUCGUGUUUCAGGAUACGACCAACGUCAUGAGUGCAAUACCUUAUAGCUUCGAGAUCGCGCUGAUGGUUGAGUAUUCUCGUACUGCCUGUCCACAACGUAUACAACAUCAUACACAUUUAAUUCAAUUGUCCACUAUCACCACUCUCUGUAGCGCUUCAGCAACAAGCAAGCAGCCUUUUCAAAAAAACCAAAUCAACCAUGUUGACCAACCGCCGCUCAACAAUGCCGGUCAAGCAUAACCGGAUGCCCAGCUGGCACGCCGGAUCCAGGACUGCCGAUCCUCUGCAGAGUCAAGCUCUCCCGACAUAUACUAUCGACAACGUACCGCGCAGCCUCACACCCGCAAUCAUGACAUCAACAACACCAAGCUUGCCAGGCUAUAUCGUCACCCGCCUCAUCGGUGCCAUUCAUGGUACUGCCUCUCUCACACACAAAGUCCCCAAGUCCUUCAUCAAAUCGCUGUCUAGCAGUAUUGCAGGAUCUUGGGGCGAGGCAAAGCCCUUGACGCAGGUUCUGUACCAGGCAAGAGAUCAGGCUAUUGAGAGAAUGACCAAGGACGCCAUCGACAAGGGCGCGAACGCCGUCAUCGGCUUGCAGAUCAGAGAAACUGAGAUGAUGGGAUGUGUGGUCGUCAGCGUAAGCGCGACAGCGUGUCUGGUCGAGAAAGAGAAGGUGCAAGUGAAGAGGGACAGUGCUCAGGAGAGCCCUUUCGAAUGAGCAAGGAAAUCGACGCAGCAUUCGCUUCCGUUUCAUUUUAUGGGCGCUCGGGAAGUCUCUUGAGUAGGUUUGGAGAACUGCCCGUCGGCCAAUUCUCUAGGUAUGGUAAUAUGAGGAGAAGA